AUGGAUAAUCAAUAUUAUACAGGAAAUCAAACAAAUCGAUCUAUCGAAAGCGGAACAAAUGAUCAAAAUUAUUAUAUGCCACCGACUGUUUCUCGACCAAUAGUUACACAUUAUAUCUAUCCAGAACAACUAUCAACACCACGAACUACUAAUAUCAAUAGUCAAUAUACAAAUAGUCCAAGAAAUAAAUAUUGGUGGGGAUCUUCUGGACCUUUUGACCCAUAUCGAACGACAUAUCAAGAUUAUGGUCAAGGGAAAAUUCUAAAUUAUCAAAAACCUCAUUCUCAUUUAACUCAACCUUAUUUUUAUCAAGAACUUCAAGGUAUCUAUCGUCCGCCGGAUUCAAAUUCGAAUAGAACUGACUUCUACGUACCACCAUCACUCAAUACGAGUCAAUAUUCAUCGCCUUAUGGUUCACCUCGAUCAAUGCGCUAA